AUGCCACUAUGGCCCUUUGGCAGGAAGAAGCGACGUCUGAGCGCAUCGACGGCCGCAACGACAACGACAACGUCGACUGUGACAACUGCUGUCCCAACCGGCCCGGCUGCAACAGCGCCAGCUCGCCAACAAGCACUGCACCAACAACUGCAGAACCACGCCCGCCCUGCACAUGUUUCAGAUGCCCCGGCACAGGCCCUGCUCCGUCCGCCCAAUGACAGCUCCACCCACAUAAUUACCCCAACCCUCCUCGAGCGUCAGGGAAGUGUCCAGCACGACCUAACCGCUCUUCCUGAACUCUCCGAACUCGAGCAGAGCCCCCACCUCAGGCCUGUCAAUGCCAUCAAGCCUGUCCACCCCUACAACCUCGACCGUCCCUCGUCCAAUCGCCCGCGCACCCCGACCGUUGCCCAGUCUCCGUCGCAUGACAAAGCCCCCGCUCGCCGUCACUCCAACAAGAGGAAAAAGGACCAGGUCUUGCGCGAAGAGGAGAUUCGUCAGAUGAGCGCUCCCAUGCAGAUUCCAAAGAGACCCGCCGCCUCGUCCGGCAAUGACCUCCUCCGUCGCGACAGCAAGAAGGCUCGCAGGACCCUGAUCAAACGCCCCGACGACUCCCGCUCCUCCAACGUUUCUUUACCCCUGCCCGAAUCAAUCCACUCCAACAGAUCACACAUGUCUGAGCAGCGCGCCUGGGAGAUCGGUGGCAUGUCCAUCCUCAGCCCGCGCCCUACCGUCCGUGUCUCGGGUACCUUCACCAAUCCUCCUUCGCCCUUCGGAAAGCGUUCAGAGAAGCUGGGCAAGCUACCCGAACUUGCUCGCGCCUCGAGUGGAAGAAAGGACCGAAGAAAGGUCGCUGACCUUGCCGAUGACCUCAAUUCUGCCGAGCUGCGUGUUCUCAUGGAGCGUGACCAACGACGCAAAGAACAAAAGGCCUUGGAACAGCAUGAGCGUCUCGAUCGCAAGUUGCGCAGGAGGGCAGAGAAACAGCGUGAGGAAGAUGAACGAAGAGCCCGUGAUGCCCGCCAGAAUGCGACUCCUCCUACCGCCAUCCAUCCUGCCUUCCGCGAAUCCCAGCCUGAAGCUGAGUUCAUAUCGCCCAUCUCGCUCAGAAAACAGGGCAAGCAGCCAAUACCCGAGAUGCAGGAGACCCCUACCAAGGGCGGUACCUAUCUCCGCUAUCCUCCACGCGAAGACAUACCCCAGAACCCAUUCGCAGAUCCCGAGUCUGAGAAUCCAUUCACUGCUCCCGGUACCGAAUAUUCUCCUGUCCAAACUCCGCUCGACGAGCCGGUUUUGCAGACCGCUAGGGCCGUCAGAUUGUCUGCCGGUCACAUGUCUCCGCCUGCUUCUCCCAUACCAGUUCUCCAGCGCGAAGUCCAACCGUCCCCCAGCUUGCCUGAAGUCUCUUACCCACCGUCGGUGAGAACUUCUAGCCAUCCCGCGAGUUCUUUCGAAUCAAGUCGACGCAGACCUUCUGAGAGCGGCAGUCGUCGUGUCGGACCUAGUGCCUGGUCAAACAUCUUCCGUCGGGGUCUUGGUUCAAGUCGCACAUCAGAGGACAAGCCCCCAUCCGAAUUCUCCUUUGUUAACACUUCGAGGGAGUCUAUGUCUAAGCAGCCCAUACCGGCUCACCUCGUAGGACCGCCCACAUCGCGUCAAUCUGGCGCCCCAACACGCACUCAGAGCAAGUUCCGCGAGGAUCUUCCCGAACUUCCCAUCUCUCCACCAUCGUCUCGCGUCCAGUCGCCUGAACUCAGCAUCAUCACAGCCGGAGUUGCCGCUGCAAAGCGUGCCAAACGCGGCCCCGAUACGCAGGCAAAGAUGAUAGACCAGUCUGGCCCCAUCAGGAACGACUCGCCCGCGAUACUCGAAGACGAGGAGUCGGCAGUACUGUCUCAAUCUUAUGGAUCCGUCGAUUCCGAAGGCAGCUGGAUUAGCGGACGCCUGGGUAAAAACACGUCUCACACCUCGCAUCCUCACAGUAGCUUGAGCUCCCUUAAGAAGGCGAAGCCCGAGUUCACCGGAAGCUUCGACAAACUACCCGUCCCAGAGCAUGAAUACUUUGCUGCCUUGACACCAGACAAUGGCAGUCGUCGUGUAUCAGCAGAAUAUGCUAUUGAGACAACACCGACAGCAGAUCUUAGCCCCGGAGAGGCCGCACCACUUAGAAAAGCUACAGCACGUCGUAGACCAACAGUCGUCCACAACGACCCCCGCUUCAAAUCCCGCGAAGGACUUCUCACCGAGUACCAAGCAGCAGAGCCCGUAACGCCAUCCCGCGAGGGCAGUCUGAGCAGCGACUCAGCCGAACACUCUCCAGUGGAGUUGCACAAGGCGCAGAGUGUCAACUACGGUCGCAUGUUGGGCCAUGGUAAGACCCUCAGCGCAGGCAGUGCUAAGAUGUUGGAUAUUGCACCGAAACGAAGCAAGAGUGUUACAACGCUUCUCUCAGAAGCGAGCCCUCGAGGAUCGCCUCAAAUUCGUCAAGAAUAA